GGGUGGGGAUGCUGCUGCUGGACGGGCUGUGUCGGGGAGCAGAGGCAGCGCUCGUGGCUGAGAGUUGAAGAUGGCAGAGCUGGAAAGCACAGUCAUAAACACCAAUGUAAAACAGAAAGACCCCAGCACAGCACUGGUCAUUGCUGUGACCACCAGAGCCAUCUUCAACCUGGAGGAGGAGCACAAGCUCUUCCUGGAAAAGGGCAAGGAGGAGUACACGAGGCACCAGCAGGCCAACCAGGACAAGCCCCUGCCACCAGGCACAGCCUUUGCCUUCAUCCAGGUAGUGCAGUAUGUUAACAAGAAGAUCCUGGAGAACAACCCAGCAGAGGACCUCUUUGACAUCCUGGUGGUCUCCAACAACAACCCAGAGAGCAGCGUGCGCAUCAUCAACAGCGCCAAGCACUACGGCCUGGGGAUCUCCAAGUUCUGCUUCGUCAGUGAUGAGGACUCUACACAGUACCUGAAGUCCCACAGCGUCAAGCUGUUCCUCUCAGGUGACAGGACAGAUGUCUGCAAUGCCCUCCGGAGAGGGGUCUCAGCAGCGCUUGUCUUCCAGCAAGAGGUGCAGGCCCCCAGGACUCCACUCCACAUGGUGUUUGACGGGGAUGUUGUGUUCUUCUCCGACGAGACAGACCAGAUCUUCCAGGAGCAGGGCCUGGAGGGGGCUGUGCAGUACGAGCAGGCGAUGGAGACAGUCCCCAUAGGAGAGGGUCCCCUGAAGGCUUCUGCCAUGCACCUUGGGAAGAUGUGUAAGAAGUUUGGCCAGGAGAAAUCCCCCAUCCGCACCUACCUGGUGACAGCCCGCAGCGGCCGGGACAUGGGCAUCCGAGCCAUCAAGACACUCCGGGAAUGGGGUCUGCCCAUCGACGAGGCUUUCUUCAUGGAUGGGGCUCCCAAAGGCCCCAUCCUCGCCCAGAUCCAGCCUCACAUUUUCUUUGACAAUAGGCUUCAUAACAUCCAAGGGGCCCAAAAUGUGGGGGUACCCUCUGCCUGGGUCCCUUCCUGCUGCUGAUGGGCUGCAGGCCAGCAGUCCUCCCUCCCAGCUACACAGGGGACUGGGUCAGUUGGAGGCAAAACUUCUGGUGGGGAAGGAAAGAUCUCCUAACGUGCAGCAAGCAAAUCUCAGGGAAAGGGGACAAGAGCAUGGACUCCCAUGCAAAGCUUGAUGUAUAUUUCUGCUCCUAAUAAGAGGUUCUCUACAUCUUAGGAUAAAGCCAAAAGACACAACUGCUCCAGGAUGGGAGGACACCUUUGCUGUGACACUGAGGACUACACCUACAUGCCCUUUAGGACUUGGGAACUUUUCUCAAAGAAAUUAGUGAAGCCAAUGCCACACAUGCAAGCUGCAAGAAGCAAGAAAAAAAUGCUAGUUUUGGCUGUGCUCAGACAGUCUCCAAGAUUGAGCAACACAGGAAGGACAUCAGCCUGUUGAGCUGAGUCCAGAGGAGGCAGACCAAGAUGAUUAAAGGGAUAGAGCACCUCUCCUGUGAGGAAAGGCUGAGAGAAUUGAGAUUGUUCAGCCUGGAAAAGAGAAGGCUUCAGGGUAACCUAACUGUGGCCUUCCAGGACCUGAAGGGAAUCUACAGGAAAGAUGGAGAGCAACUACUUACAAGAGCAUGUAGUGACAGGACAAGGGAGAAUAGCUUCAAACUGAACAAAGACAGGUUUAGAUCAGAUAUUAGGAGGAAAUUCUUUACUGUGAGGAUGAUGAGGUACUGAAAUAGGUUGCCCAGGGAAGUUGUGGAUGCCUCAUCCCUGGGAAUGUCAAAGGACAGGUUGGAUGGAGCUCUAAGUAACCUGGUCUAGUGAAAGGUGUCUCUGCUCACACCAGGGUGGCUGAAACUGGAUGAUCUUUAAGGUCUCUUCCAACCCAAACCAUUCUAUGAUUCUAUGGUUAUUUAUGAUUUAUUCCCAGGAUCUCUGCCUAAAGGGAGCCCUCAAGACCCUGCCUCACCAGACACACUCAUCUUGGUUUCCUGAGGAGACUGAUGUGCUAGUGAGUGCUUCAGGCAGCUCCGGAUGAACUCAGAAGAGGGAGAAAGACUUCAAAACUGUAAAGGACCUACAAACCUUUUAGAAAUGGGUGCAUGGGUUGAAGAAAGAAAGCCCAAGAUAUUCUUCCUCAUAAAAGAGAUUAUAGCACAAGACAGCUUUCCUUAGA